AUGCUGCACUGGUCGUACACCUCACCUCUGAUUCUGCUCGCGACAUGCCUCGGCUCGCUGGCCUUCCCAGUUACACCCGGGACGCAAAGCGUCCUUGACGUCAAGCGGAAGGACGCCAAGGUCCUCAUUUUGGGUGGUGGUGUCGCCGGAGUCAUCGCCGCGCGGACGUUGCAUGAACAAGGCAUCGACGACUUCAUGAUCAUCGAGGCGCGACCCGAGCUCGGCGGGCGAAUGAUGAGUCACGAGUUCGGCGCGGCAGGCAACCGCUGGACGGUGGAGCUCGGCGCGAACUGGGUACAAGGGACGCAGACGGGGAACGGCCCUGCAAAUCCGAUCUGGGAGCUGGCGAAGAAGCACAACAUAUCGAUGCAUUCCAGUGAGUUCUUCGGUAGUGUCGCGACGUACGACUACUCGGGGCCAUCCGACUUUGAGGACGUCUUCCAAGAGUCGAUCAAGAACUUUGACAAGUUGACCGUUGUCACAGGUGCACGAGUCCCACAGCGGCUCGUCGAUAUGACCGCGCGGAGUGGAUAUUCGCUUUCCGGGACCCGACCGUCCUCGCCGCAGGAGCGGGCUGCGGAGUACUACCAAUUCGACUGGGAGUUCGGCGCGACGCCUGAGGAGACGUCUUGGCUCGCUUCAGCCUGGGCCCAUAAUCGCACGUUCCGCACGUUCUCGCACGAGAACUUACUUUCGAUAGACCAGCGGGGCUUCAAGGCGCUCAUCCAAGAGGAGGCCAGCGCGUUCCUGGACGAGAGUCGCGUGAAGUUGGAUUCCACUGUGGCCGCAAUCCACACGACGAAGCGGGGUGUGGUGGUCACUCUGUCUGAUGAGACCGAACUCGCGGCGGACUACGCGCUGUGCACGUUCAGCCUGGGGGUGUUGCAGCAUAAUGACGUGCAGUUCGUGCCUUCUUUGCCGGGAUGGAAGCAGGAGGCCAUCCACAGUAUGGCGAUGGGAACGUACACAAAGAUAUUCUUGCAGUUCCCGCACAGGUUUUGGUUCGACACCGAGAUGGCGUUGUACGCUGACCACGAGCGAGGUCGAUAUCCGGUCUGGCAGUCGCUCGACCACGAUGGACUGCUCCCCGGAAGUGGUAUCCUGUUCGUGACAGCUACCGGCGACUUCUCACGCCGCAUCGAGUCCAUGGCAGACUCGGCCGUACAGAAAGAGAUCUUGUCCGUGCUGCGCACCAUGUUCCCCAACGCGACAAUCCCAGCCCCGCUCGACUUCUACUUCCAGCGGUGGUACAGCGAUCCGCUGUUCCGCGGGUCGUACUCGAACUGGCCGGCGAACUUCUUGAGCGAGCACCAGGUCAACCUGCGUGCCAACGUGGAGGAACGGCUCUGGUUCGCGGGCGAAGCGACGAGUAAGAUGCAUUUCGGAUAUUUGCAUGGGGCAUACUCCGAAGGCCGCGAAAUCGCGUUGAUGAUCGCGGAGUGCAUAUACGGAGGCGGCUGCCUGGGGCUGGAGCACGUCGACCGUGUCCGGAAUGCGCUGCCAUAUGAUAUUGCGUAG